AUGCAACGUUUAAUUUCUCUUAGCGCUGGAACAUCUCGAUUAUUUCGAGCUGUUAGUGUUAAUCAUUUAAAAAAUAAUAGAUUGGCAUUUGAAAAAGAGAAUGCAAGUUAUACUACAAGUAACGUGAUAUUCAAACGAUGUUUAUCUAGUAAAAAUAAAGAAUCAAAAGAUGGCAAUAAUCUGAAUACUCAUGCUGAUCUUUAUAAACCAUCAACAACUAAGGAAGAAACUCAUAUACCAGACGAACUCAAACAUCAUCAUCAACCAACAGACACUAUUAAUACUGGUGUAAAUACUUUUAAAAAGAGUGGUGGAAAAGUUUGGUCAGCUACAAAUCCUGAUAGUGUACAUGUUGCUAAACUUAAUCGUGUUAAUUCAACGCAAUUUGUUCCAAAAGCUGAUAAAAAUGGUGGAAAACCACAUGAAACAACAGUUUAUACUACUCAAGGUGAAUUGAAUAUUGCUGAUCCAUCUACAACACAUAAAUUACAGCCAGAAGUUACACCUGCACAAUUAGCUGAAGCAGCUGCUGCUUCAGCUUUUGAAACGGAUGCACCAGCAAAAUCUGCACCAACACCAGAAGCUGUUUUUGCACCAAAAAUUUCAUCUUCUGAAGUUUAUUCUUCACCAUCUUCACCAACUGCAAAUUUUGAAGGAGCUAAACCAUCAUCAACACAAAGUGAAUCCGUUAAAUAUGAAGCAUCAAAUAGACCAAGAGUAUAUGGUGGACAAGAUACAUCAGCUGCUACAAAAAAACAUCCAAAAGGAAAUCCAUUUAAUUCAAAUGAAAUCGAAAAACCAAGACAACCAAAAUAA